CUACAGUUCCCAGAAUUCCAGCGGGCGGAUCGGGUUCGCGGUCAGGUGUUCCUGCUGUGUGUCUUGCAGCCGGCCUCGGCCUUCUUUAGAGGUACGACGCUUCCCCUCAUCCCUUCAUGGGAAUCUCUGAGGACUUUUUGGGCAUUUGCCUGUAUGAAAAGUCCUGGGAGUAUGUCGUCGAACUUACGUCAUUAAGCAAGUGAUGAGCUAAUGACAGAGGACAUGACAAGUGUCUUCGCAAGUUGAUUUUUAGGAUGAUGGAAAAGCCUUUGUGGGAGCAGAUAGGAUCCAGCUUUGUGCAGCACUACUACCAGGUGUUUGACAGUGACCGAAAGUCGCUGGGAAAUAUAUAUAUUGACUCGUCAUGCCUUACAUGGGAGGGACAACAGUUCCAAGGGAAAAAAGCAAUUGUUGAAAAACUCUCUAGUCUCCCCUUCAACAGUAUAGUGCACAGCAUAACGGCGCAGGACCAUCAGCCCACGCCAGAUAGCUGCAUCUUAAGCAUGGUUGUAGGACAACUAAAAGCAGAUGACGACCCCAUCAUGGGUUUCCACCAGAGUUUCAUCCUGAAAAACAUUAAUGAAGCUUGGGUGUGCACCAAUGACAUGUUCAGGCUGGCCAUCCACAACUUUGGCUAAACCCCUCCCCACCUUGGUGGGCAGGGGCGGCCGUGACGAAGGGCACUUUGUGUUGAAGUAGAAGGGAGGAGCUGAGGAAAUGAGAGAACACUCAUCCCUCUUCUCUUGCCACCUCAUUUUUUUGCUUGUUUUCAAACAAAGCAAAACAGACUCUAGACGUCAUCGAGGCAAGUUUUCAGACCACCGCAGCCAGUAGAAAUGCCACGUGCUGCGAUGAGAGCCGGCUGACCAAUCACACCCCGUUUUCCUCAUCUAUUUGCAUGUUGCCCCUCCCAUUACUGCAUCUACACACAAGCUGCCAAGAAGACAAAUGGCUGACUCUGUGUUUAACUCGUCCUCUGCUCGCUUACUCGUUCUACUUUAGUGUUCAUUACUCGCCUGCGGUCACCUCGACGGAGCACCGUCGCCCGCUUUGUAAAUCCACCAUCCUGUGUUCAGUCAGCUUCUUCAGUUCUUCUUUAGGUGCCACUUUUAGUGUUUAACUUUUUUUAACUCUCCUUUUGCACAGUCGUUGGCUUAGCCAUGAUUUAUACUCUGACACCAGGUUUUGCUCUGGCAAACCAAAGAGUCAUGGUGAGGACAUACAGUUUGACCUUACUGUGUGAUUAGCACUGAUUCUGUUCGUUUUGACACUUACCUCUCUCUGUCUCUGUCUGGCAGUUAACAUGGACUUGCAGCCAAGACGCAAAAUAAAACCUGGACUUUUUUCUUAA